ACUUUGGAGAAGUGGAUGGGAUUAUGUUUAUAUACGAUGUGACCAAAUGGCGGACAUUCAAGCAUUUGAAUGAUUUCAUCAAAGAUAUGAAACGUAAGACCAGGACUGAUGUCAAGAGACUACUGGUCGGCAAUAAAUGCGAUGACAUUGAGGCCAAACGGGUUGACUACUUGAGUGCACUCGAGUUCUCCCGAUUCUGUGGAAUCCCAUUCAUCGAGACGUCUGCAAAGACUGGUAAUGAUGUGGAGGAAGCCUUUUGUCGUGUUGUCACACAAAGUGUCAUAAAACUAUCAGAUUUGAGAUCAUUUAGUUUGACU